GUUAUGCCACCUCUCUUUCCCCUUCCCUUUCGUGAUUGUUUUGAAGGUUCUUUCUACUCUUCAUUGAAAGACAACAUGGCAAAUUCAGCAUCUGGAAUGGCAGUCCAAGAUGAGUGCAAACUGAAAUUUCUGGAAUUAAAAGCAAAAAGAAACUACCGUUACAUAGUAUUCAAGAUUGAGAAUCAACAAGUUGUUGUGGAGAAACUUGGGAAUCCUCAAGACAAUUACGAUGAUUUCACUGCCUCUUUGCCAGAAAAUGAAUGUCGUUAUGCAGUAUAUGAUUUCGAUUUUACUACUAAUGAAAAUUGCCAGAAAAGCAAGAUUUACUUCGUUGCUUGGUCACCAGAUACCUCUAAAGUGAGAAUGAAAAUGGUGUAUGCAAGCUCAAAGGACAGAUUUAAGAGGGAAUUGGACGGAAUUCAAGUUGAACUGCAAGCAACUGAUCCUAGUGAGAUGAGUCUCGAUAUUGUAAAAGCACGUGCACUCUAAGAGCAUGAUUGUCUUUUCUGAAAUGCCACAAACGUACUUAAAAACCCUCUUCUUUGGUAGUAUCAAGGGUCUUACCACAAAAGAAUAUAGACAUUUUAGCCAACUUUGACGAAUAUGCUCAAAAUAUCCUAGUUCUCUUCAUUCUUCAGCCUUCUAUAAUUUUAUAUAUUCUGGCUUGUAUUUUUCCCUUUUUGAUUGCAAGGAUUGACA